AUGUUUCAGUACAACAACAGUCGGACGCUGAAAGUCAACAAUAUCAACGACAACGCCCCGGUGUUCACCAAGGAGCUCUACAGCACCACUGUCUCUGAGAUACUAAGUGUGGACAGUGAGGUUCUCCAAGUGACAGCUGUGGACGGAGACAUUGCACCACACAACAGAGUCACCUACUCCAUCGACCCAGCUACAGAAGUCUUUCAGUUGACCAACUCCGGGGCUUUUAUUUUGAAGAGACGACUGAACUACAACGUAGCCCAACAGUACACCUUCACUGUGACCGCCCAGGACGACUGGGGAUUGAAGGACACGGCCUCUGUGGUGAUUAACGUCGAGGACUUUGAUAACCUGAAUCCCUAUUUCAGUCACAAUCUGUAUCAAGCCUUUAUUCUGGAAAAUCAGGUGGGGCUUUUCCAUACCAUUCAACCAGAGGCAAUCAGGGCUCAGGAUGGAGACACUGGGAUCAACGUGGCUUUAACCUACAGCAUCAGCGCUGUGUCUCCAGAGAAAUAUCUAUCGAACUUUGACAUUGACACCGCCAGUGGAGUUCUGUCCGUGGUGACGGCCUUCGACAGAGAGGAGAUGGACAGCAGUGUGAUCUCUGUCAGCAUCAAGGCAGCACAAACAGACGACAGCUUGAAGACCGCUGACACUGUGGUGUCUGUCACCGUUGAGGAUGUGAAUGACAACGUUCCAGAGUUCGAUCAGCCCACUUACUCUGAAACACUUCUGGAAAACUCUCCUGCCGGUGCUGUUCUGUUUAAAGCUGUUGUCACUGAUCUGGACCAGGGAGGGUUUGUGGGAACCCUGGAGAUCCUUCCAGAAUCUGCUCCUUUCUCUAUCAGCGCUGAUGGGACGGUCAGAGUGAAAGACUCCAAGGCUUUGGACAGGGAGGCCACUGAAAGCAUCACAUUUGAGAUUAAAGCAACGGAGCAGAAUCCACCCAACAACGCUGCAACGGCAUCGGUUACCGUGACUCUGUUGGACGAGAACGACAACAGCCCCACAUUCACCAGCAGCACGUACGAGGGGAAAGUGUUCGCCAAUCAGACGGCGGGACUGUUGCUGGUCCAGGUCGCGGCGGUGGAUCCAGACGCUGGUGUGAAUGGACAAAUCAGAUACUCCAUUGGCUUUGGGAACAAUGAAGGCUACUUCUCGAUCGAUGAAAACACCGGAGAGAUCUCACUGGCUAAGACCAUCCCCCUGGAGCAGAACAAGAUCUUGGAGUUCCCUCUCCACAUAACAGCCACAGACGGGGGCGUCAUAUCCCGCUCCUCUUCAGCACAGGUGCUAAUUCUUGCUCCCGGUGAUUCAAAACCUCAGUUUUUGCAAAAAAUCUACCAUGGCACCAUAGAAGAAGAGCAAGACCCAGGAGUGGUGAUUCUUAAGGUGAAGGACGUGAACAACAACCCCCCAGAGUUCAGUAAGGACAGCUAUGAUGUGGCCGUCUUUGAGAAUCUGGCCAAUGGUGCAUCUGUUCUGACUCUGGAGGUCACUGACAGGGACGAGGGAGGAUUUGUGGGAACUUUGCGAAUCCUUCCAGAAUCUGCUCCUUUCUCUAUCGACUCUGACGGGACGAUCAGAGUGGAAAACUCCACAGCUCUGGACAGGGAGGCCACUGAAAUGAUCACGUUUGAGGUUGAAGCAAGGGAGACAGCAGCACCCAACUUUGUAGCAAAGGCAAAUGUGAUUGUGACUCUUCUGGAUGAGAACGACAACAGCCCUGCAUUCACCAGCAGCAAGUAUACAAGUGAAGUCUUCAACAACCAAACAGAGGGGAUGUUGCUUGUUGAGUCCCUUUACCCCGAGCAUCUUGAGGGCCGCGAUGAGGGACUGGCCAAUGAAUCCUCUGCACCCCACCUCAAUGGGGUUUCACCGGGUCCUCCAGCCCUUGCUUCGGUUGAAGCUGAAGACCCAGAUGCAGGCGUAAACGGACAGAUCAAAUACUCCAUUGACUUUGGAAAUCAAGAUGACUACUUCUCUAUUGACGAAAACACCGGAGCAAUCUCUCUGAUGAAAACCAUCCCGCUGCAAGCACAUAAAACCCUGCAGUUCUUAUUGUUCAUAACAGCCAGAGAUGGUGGGGUAGUGUCCCGCUCUGCCUCAGCCCAGGUGGAGAUUCUUGCCUUUGGAGAUUCAAAACCACAGUUCGCACAGAGCACCUACAGUGGCACCAUAGAAGAAGAGAGCGCGCCAGGAACAAUAAUACUGAAGGUUGACAUCCUGACAUUAGACACUGGGAUUCCUCUGACCCUCCAAGUUGAAACAGAAGGCGACAAGUUUGCCAUCUCCUCCACUGGUGAAUUCACUACGACGGUGAAACUCGACUACGACGACGCUCCGCACAGCUACUCUGUGGAAAUCACCCUCACCGACGGCAUCAACAGCGACAGCGCAGUCGUGGAGGUUGAAGUCACUGACGUCAAUGAUAACAGUCCUGUGUUCACCUCCAGUUCUGUCACAGCAUCUGUCCCAGAGGACGCAGAAGUAGGAUCCAAUGUUACUGAGGUUACAGCUACAGACAAAGACAGCGGCUUCAACAAGGAGAUCAGAUACUCUUUGACAGGAGGACUGGGGAGGUUUUCUAUCGAUCCUGUGUCUGGGCUGGUACGUGUGGCUGCUGCUCUUGACAGGGAGACUGAGGCAGAGUACAACCUGCUGGUGGUGGCUGAAGAUCAGGGUCGUCCAGCCAGAUCGGCCACAGCCACCCUGCUGGUCCAAGUGUCCGACAUCAACGAUAACGCCCCAAAGUUCUCUGAGGCCGAGUAUCAGGUUGAAGUCUUAGAAACGGAGGCGGUGGGUACGAGCGUGCUCAAGUUGACGGCCGCAGACCCUGAUGAAGGCGCAAAUGGGAAAGUUACUUACAGCAUCAUCCAGCAGAGUCCUUCAUCAGAGCCUGCUGUGUUUGAGUUGGAGUCCUCCAGUGGGACUCUGCAGGUGGUCCAGCCUCUGGACUACAGCAAGGUGAAGGCGUACACGCUGGAGGUUCAGGCCUCUGAUGGGGGGACUCCCUCUCUGGUUGGGAACAGCUUUGUGGUGGUGAAGGUGAAGGACGUGAACAACAACCCCCCAGAGUUCAGUAAGGACAGCUAUGAUGUGGCCGUCUUUGAGAAUCUGGCCAGCGGUGCAUCUAUUGUGACUCUGGAGGUCACUGACAGGGACGAGGGCGGAUUCUCAAACGGCUACUUCGUCUACACCAGCGAUACUUUUGCCAUUAACAACCAAGGCGUUGUCUCGUUGAGGAACGACGUCACCUUGGACAGAGAGACAACUGACAGCUACGUAUUAGAGGUUGUGGCAGUAGAUCAGGUCAGCGGCGGUCUGAGCGCCAGCGCUCAGCUCAACGUCACCGUCCUGGACUACAACGACAACGCGCCACAGUUCCCGAGCAUCCCCGACCCCGUGAGCGUCCCCGAGGGCGAUUACUCAGAGGAAACUCCGGGAGAACUCAUCACCAUCGUGCCCACGGACGCCGACCUCGGCGCCAACGGAGAGGUCGUCCUCUCCCUCGCGUCCCCCAACCCACUCUUCAGAUUCAGAGAGGAUGGGACAUUGCUGGCUGUUGGCCCUCUGGAUCGCGAGAGCAGGGACUCGUACGACCUGGUUGUUAGGGCUUCAGAUAAAGGCGUCCCACAGAGAGAGAGCAUCACCACCAUCAGAGUGAGCCUCUCUGACGUCAACGACAACAGUCCUGAGUUCAGCUCCAGCAGCUACGUCAGCAGCAUCCUGCAGAAAGACGCGGAGAAAGGAAAGCUGCUGCUGACGCUGUCCGCCACCGACGCAGACAUCGGGGACAACGCCGUCAUCACCUACAGUUUCUCUGAAGGAAGCUCUCCGUAUUUGGCCUUGGACAGCAAGACCGGGGCGGUGACUUUGACCUCUGACCUUGCUGAUUUAACAGAAGACACCACGCUGGUGCUGACAGCCAUGGCCGAGGACCACGGCCAGCCUCCUCUGAGCGCCACAGUUCGUGUCGUGGUGAAUCUGAGGCUUGUCAGUCUGGUGGAGGGCGUGGCCUUCCAAAGCUCCUCCUACAACUUCAGCCUACCUGAGAACCAGCCAGUGGGGGUGACGGUGGGAAAGGUCUGGGCCUCCUCAGGAAGCGACCUGUACGAGGUGGCCUACACACUGAAAACACACACUGAGCUGUUCUCCAUCGACACCAGUGGAGCCAUCCUGACCACUGAAGAGCUGGACAAAGAACAGCAGGAGUGGUACAUCCUGGACGUGGAGGCCGUGGACACACGGAUCCCGCCUACGACAGCUAUGGCAACGGUCAAAGUGCAGGUGGAGGAUGUAAAUGAGUCUCCACAGUUUCUCGCUGAGGAUUAUAAAGGCUCCGUGUUCAGCAUCGCCUCAUAUAGAACUUCUGUCGUCACCGUCAAGGCAACAGACCCUGAUGUUGGAGACCAGGGUCGGCUGGUGUACAGUCUGUCAGCUGACAGCUCCUACUUCGACGUGGAGCCGUCCUCAGGUCUGGUGUACGUGGUCUCAGCAGCAGGUCUGGAUGGAAAGACGGUUAAAGUGGAGGUGAAGGCCACAGACCUUCUGGGACUUUACGCUACAGCCAAGGUGGAGGUGGUGGUUCAGGCAAGUGCGAGCAGCAGCGACGUGGUGACCAUCUCUCUCAAUCAGCCUAUCAACACUGUGGAGAAGAAAAUUUCAGAGUUGGAGACUGCUUUAGGUAAAGCUCUGGGCUGGACGGUGAGCAUCAUCCAGACCUCCAGUGCAAGCGGAGGAGCCACCGAGUCCCGAAUGCUGAGAAACUCUGUGAGGACUCUGGUCAGCUUCAUCGCUGAAGAUAAAGGAGGAGUUGUUUCCUCUGAAGAAGUCAUAAAACACAUGAUGAGAUGUGACGUGUGUGUUCGAUCCACCAGGAAGCUGCAGAGCGAGGCGAGCGGUGUGACGGCCCAGCUGGCUCAGGUGUUUGGGGACGGGCUGCACUUUGAGGUCGGGACGCCUUCGGGCUCCGGCUCCGGCUCCGGCUCGGAUGCGACGGUCAUAGCUUUGGCCGUCAUGCUGGCCCUGAGCGUCGUGGGAUUGAGCUGUGCACUCGUCUUCAUCGUCAUCAGGUUCAGGAGGAAGGACAAACCCGACGACAAAGAGAGCUUCGGCAUCGACAGUCCCGCGAUCUGGUCAGCGAACAUCACCGAAGCCUCUGAACAGGGAGAUGUGUGGAAACAAGCGGUCGAGCAGCAGACGAAGGCCAGAGAGGCGGCUGACAGGGACGGACGGGCGGAUGAGGACGGCUCAGACAACGACAGUGAGACGGACAAAGACAGUUAUCAAGGCCACGCUUACGUCGGACGUGAAAACAGCAGCAGUCUGUAGAGCAGCACCACAACAAUCACACACGUCAUUACAAAUAACCUGCACGAAGACAUGCUCGUUUUUCGUUUUUGUGUUUGUCCAGAUGUCUGUCUUCUUCAGGCAAAUCAAAUUCCUGAAAGCCAGAAGAAAACAGGAGUGAUUUCCCACUUUAGUUUCUCUAAAUUAGAUAAUAAAACUCUGCUUUAUUUAUUUUUCCUCCGAGUGGCAGCUGAGGUUCAGAUCUGAGUCUACGUUGAACAUUCAAGUAAAAUAUGAUGACGUGGUUUGAAUUACUUUAUAUGCAGUUUUAUUUACGGCAGAUAAAUAUGCAAAUAUCGUUAAUGGGAAAAGAGAAGAAUGUGUUUCCAGAUGUUUGCUCAUAGCUUUCGUUUUUAGUGACGUAUUGAAUCAUCAGAACAUGUGUUGAGCCCAACUACACACUGAUUUUUAUGACAAACUAUUCAAAUAAGAUUCUAAAUUGUACUCAAGUGCAGCGUAUAAGCAAAUGUACUUAGUUACUUUCCACCGUUAGUUACCAGGUGACGCCAUCAUUCAUCGUUGUGUUUCUGUCCCCCCGGAUUAAUCAAAGUACAACGCUCGCUCUCUUUUAGCUCUGUUUUUGUUCUUCACCACCUCCUCUGGCUUUUUAGCUGCUUUAUUCUCAAUCAGCUGCUUUCUAACCUGCGUCUGUCUGCUGCUCAACACGAGCGCUGAGAGUUCUCACACUGUCGUUUCAUGUGUUGAUGUAAAACGUCAGUGGCAUUACACGGAGAUCACAAAGUGGAAUGAAGCUGUUCUGCCAUUUUGAAAUGUAAAUAUUAGUUUGUAAUUACAAUAAAAUGAUUACCACAUCA